AUGGCGUACAUAAUAAAUGCAAACUUUACAACACCACUUGUCAAUAUGGCCACCUCUUCGCCGACGCCAACAGCCCAAACAGUAGAAGAGCUGACACCAACUGGCAACUUCACAAACACAGAAACGAAUGGCCUAGCCUUAUUCAUGACCACCUACCGGCCAAUCCACGGGUACGCCGCUCCGGUCAUCUGUGUCUUGGGCAUAAUUGCCAACUGCCUAAACAUCGUAGUACUGACCCGGAAAAACAUGGUCUCGCCCACCAAUGUCCUUCUCACCGGGCUGGCAAUCUCCGAUGGAGUCACCAUGUUGGUCUACCUGCCCUAUUCUGUACUCAACUACCACGUGUUUUACUCAGAAGAAACCCCGAGUCCCUUGUCAAACGCUCGAUUCAUCAUGUUCUUCGCCAUCUUCAGCGUGAUCGUCCACAGUAUUUCAAUAUGGCUGACAGUCUCGCUCGCUGUGUUUAGAUACGUUUUUAUCCGAUAUCCUCGUCGAGGGGCGAAACUGUGCAGUACCUAUCGGGCAAAACUGACUGUAUUCAUAGUCUCUGUUGUUGUUACUUUAGUCUGCAUCCCUAAUUCUGUUAGCUACACCUUUCACACUGUCAUCAAUAAUAAAAACCAAACUACAUGGUACAUCGACGUACGAAUGGACACACCAGGGUAUCAGUUCCUGAAGACGUUCAACUUAUGGAUUCAAGCAACGCUGGUGAAGCUUCUUCCUUGUCUACUUCUGGCUGUGCUAAGCAUCUUGCUUAUAAAGCAAAUGAAGGACGCCGAGAACCGGAGGAAAAAGCUGAUGAAUAAGGGCAAUUCAAAGGCAGAAGAUGAUUCUCGGCGCCAUCGAAAGACUAACCGAACGACAAGGAUGUUGGUGGUGGUGGUGGUUCUUUUCGUGCUCACAGAGACACCCCAAGGAAUCCUGCAGCUUCUGGGCGGGAUCAUCCAGGGGUUCUUCACCGACGUCUACGGCCACCUCGGAGACCUCAUGGACACCCUGGCUUUCAAGCACUUCCGGGACACGUUUAUCAAGAUCUUCCUCAGCAACAUCAUCAAAGCCACCGGCGCUCGGAGUGAAACCCAGCUGAUGACGGUGAAGUCUACUCGCGUCUCUGAGGUCUGA